UGUGAAGUUAAAUUGUUGGCUUUAGUUUCCGGAGUUUAGUGCAUAAUUUAGUACAAAAUCGUUUGGUUAUACGUAAAACCCAUAAACUGGGGAACUAAUCAAAUUUAAACAAGAGGAUCAUACAGUCAUAUACUUCAUCUUAGUAUAUAAAAAGCGCAAGAAACUUUUACUCUUUAUUAUUAGCUCCAAACAAAGAAAAUAUAAUUUUACCCUGUAAUGGAUUUUCAUAUUUUUCCUUUUGUUCUCGUCGCAAUUUUCAUAUUACAUGGCUCUUGUUAUUCCCAUAAAGGGUCUUAUGAAUUUAUGAAAGAUGCAACAUUAGCACCAACUAUGGCUCGCUUCGACUACAUAGUCAUCGGAGGAGGAACCACCGGUUGUGCAUUAGCCGCAACGCUCUCUCAAAACGCCAGGGUUUUGGUCCUAGAACGCGGUGGUUCUCCCUAUGAAAAUCCGAGGGCCAUGGACAUCGACAACUUCUACAACACACUCUUUAACAUAACACCGGACUCGUGGUCGCAGCCUUUCAUCUCCGAGGACGGCGUUUUCAACGUACGUGCGCGCGUCCUUGGGGGUGAAUCGGUGCUGAACGCUGGGUUUUACUCACGCGCGGAAGAGAGUUUCGUGGAGAAAUCUGAGUGGGAGAUGGAGGAAGUGGAAGCUGCUUACGAGUGGAUCGAGAGGAAACUUGUGUUCAAGCCACAAGUAGGGGGAUGGCAAUCUGCGUUUAGAGAUGGGCUUUUAGAGGCAGGUGUGUUACCGUACAACGGUUUCACGCUCGACCAUAUCGUCGGGACGAAGAUCGGUGGUACGACCUUCGACCCUGCGGGCCAUAAACACUCGGCCGCGGAUUUGUUAGCGUAUGCUAAUCCACACAUGAUUGAUGUCUACCUGCACGCUCUUGUUCACAAGAUCAUCUUCACCACUAGAGGAGGAGACCAAAGACCUAAGGCGUACGGAGUGAUAUAUCAAGACGCGGAUGGAGUGUUCCACAAGGCAGAGCUGGCGGAAAACGCAAUGAACGAGGUGAUUUUGUGUGCGGGUGCCCUAGGGAGCCCGCAGCUGCUGAUGCUGAGCGGCGUGGGUCCUAAGGCACAUCUUGAGUCCCACGGUGUGAACCCUGUAGUCCUAGAUCUUCCCAUGGUUGGACAAGGGAUGGCCGAUAAUCCGAUGAACAGUGUCUUUGUUCCUUCUCCUGCACCUGUAGAAAUGUCCCUCGUAGAAGUCGUUGGGAUCCCCAAAUUUCAUAGUUACAUUGAAGGUUUAAGUCGUGUGAGUCUCGCUAACAACUUAAACAGUAGGUUCUUCGAUGGUGUUCUAAAUCUUCUCAACAAGACAAGCUUCUCCACCACAUCAAUCACAAACAUUUUAAAAUCCAUUGAUCUUCAUUUUAUGGACGAGAUGGAAGUUGAUGGCUGGAUCGUCACUAAAGUCGACGGUCCGCUCUCGAGAGGUUAUUUAGAACUCCGGAACAAGAAUCCAGAUGAUAACCCUUCUGUGACAUUCAACUACUUCCAAGAGCCAGAAGAUCUAGAGAGAUGUGUUAAAGGACUUAAAACCGUUAUGAAAGUGAUAGACUCGAAUGCAUUCUCCAGAUACAAGUACCCGAAUGCAACCGCACGUGAGCUGCUCAAUCUCAUGCUGAGCCGUCCCAUCAAUCUAAGGCCAAGGCACGAGAGCGCAUUGACCAACUUGACGCAGUUUUGCAUCGACACUGUGAUUACUAUUUGGCAUUACCAUGGAGGUUGCCAAGUUGGAAAAGUGGUCGACAAGAAUUACAAAGUCUUUGGCAUUGAUUCCUUAAGAGUCGUCGAUGGAUCCACGUUUUUCAAGUCUCCCGGGACUAAUCCCCAAGCCACGAGUUUGAUGCUCGGAAGGUACAUGGGCCAGAAGAUUCUUCGAGAAAGAAAUGCUUUGAGGAAAAAGAAUGAAGAUUAUUCGAUCAUUAAAGAUGAGACCAAUAUCUUCUCUUCAUCGUCCAAAUAAAAGAGUGGUUAUUAUAUAGAUGAUGUUGUCAAUUACUAGUAAUAUUUCUAACUAAUCAUCUUUUUAAUAUAUAUGUAUGAUGUGAAAUAUUAAAAGAAGCAUUCUAAAUAAGAAGAAAAAGCAGCAUAAAUUAAGUAGAAGCAAAGUACUAGUGAAGAAGAAGAAGGAAAUCUGAUUUGCUCAUUACACCGAAC